UCUUUACCGCCCCCUUUACUCUGAUGACGUCACUCGCGGAGUUGUCAUGGCGUCUUUGGGACCGAGGCUGCUGCUGCUGCAAUUUAGCUAAAAAAAAAUCUGUCGACAGUCUGUAAAUCGAAAUGGAGAAAAAUGCAAACCUGCACCGAGAAACUGACGGGAGCUCUCUGUGUGCAACGAUCGCGGGAGAGAUGAGCGACGUUACGGCUGUCGGCGGAGUGAAAGGAACAGCGGAGAAAUGCAAGAAUAGUGAGGCUCCUCUCAGUACUUUGGUUAACGUUAGUUGUAAUAACAGCACCACAAAUGUUAGUGCUCCCAGCGCCGUUAAUGUCAUUGCCAGCGCUGGGAAGUCUGACGUGACAGAAGUGAUCCAAGUCCCCCCGGUGCAGGAGGAGAAGAAGAAGGACACCGAGGCGAGCGGGUCGUGGUCCGGGGAUCAGAUCAGUAACGGGAUGGGACAUGAGUCUGUACUGGCUGCAGAAGAUAACGAGGGUGGUGCCCCAAAGUUAGUAAACAACAAAAACGACGGCCCGUCCUCACCUUCCGCCGAGGAGAGCGCAAAUGUCGAGGCUGAGGUUUCGGCUUGUGUAGAUAAUGAGCCGACAAAACUUGCCAAACCGACUCAUCUGUGUCCGGACGGCGCAAUCACAGCAAGCGUCAAGUCGGGGCUGUCCGGUGAUCACACCUUAUCGGAGGGAUUGCCGAGUGGGAGUGACCCCGAUCCCAGCCUCGGUGGAGAGUCCCGAAGCAUAGAUUCACUCGAGUCCUUCUCCAACCUCAACUCCUGCCCCAGCUCCGACCUGAACAGCGAGGGGCUGGAGGACAGAGGGCUGGCCCUGGCCCUGCAAAGCGAGUACGGGGUUGAUGGGACGAAGACUUCAUGCACAAAGGACCGGGCCGCCGGCCAGUCCAUAUACCACAUUAAGUGGAUCAAGUGGAGGGAGGAGAACACGCCGAUCAUCACCCAGAACGAGAACGGCCCGUGUCCAUUACUUGCAAUUAUGAAUGUCCUUCUGCUUGCAUGGAAGGUUAAGAUGCCACCUAUGAUGGAAAUUAUAACUGCUGAGCAACUAAUGGAAUAUCUUGGAGACUACAUUCUGGAAACCAAGCCAAAAGAGAUAUCAGAGGCUCAGCGGCUAAACUAUGAGCAGAACAUGAGUGAUGCCAUGGCAGUGUUGCACAAGCUGCAGACCGGCCUGGAUGUCAAUGUGAAGUUCACAGGGGUGCGAGUCUUCGAGUACACCCCAGAAUGCAUUGUGUUUGAUCUGCUGGACAUCCCUCUCUACCACGGCUGGCUGGUUGACCCCCAGAUGCAUGACAUUGUCAAGGCAGUGGGCAACUGCAGCUACAACCAGCUGGUAGAGAAGAUAAUAUCCUGCAAACAGUCAGACAACAGCGAGCUGGCAGGGGAAGGCAUUGUGGCAGAGCAGUUUCUGAGCAGCACAGCCACUCAGCUGACGUACCACGGCCUAUGUGAGCUCACAUCCACAGUACAGGAGGGAGAGCUCUGUGUUUUUUUCAGGAAUAACCACUUCAGCACCAUGAUCAAAUACAAGGGCCAGCUGUACCUCCUGGUUACAGACCAAGGCUUCCUGACAGAAGAGAAGGUCGUGUGGGAGAGCCUGCACAACGUUGAUGGAGACGGCAACUUCUGUGAUUCAGAGUUCCGAUUGCGGCCUCCUUCUGAUCCGGAGACCGUGUACCGCGGGCAGCAGGAUCAGAUAGACCAGGACUAUCUAAUGGCGCUGUCGCUGCAGCAGGAGCAGCAAAGCCAGGACUUACAGUGGGAGCAACUCCCCGAGGGCAUCAGUGACCUGGAGCUGGCUAAAAAACUCCAGGAGGAGGAGGACAGACGAGCCUCCCAGUACUACCAGGAGCAAGAGCAGGAGCAGGCGGCAGCAGCUGCAGCAGCAGCAGCAGCAGCAGCAGCACAAGCACAGCAGGGUCAACAGGAGCCUGUGGAGGGAGACGAGGCGGACAGAGGGGGAGCAGGAGCAGGCGGAGCAGCAGCCGGCGCUGGGACGGGAGCAGCAGCUGGAGCCACGCCCAGCCCGGGAAAACAGUCCUCCAGUGGGGAGCGCAAACCCAAGAAGGAAUCGAAAGAUAAAGACAAAUGUGUCAUUUUGUAACAUACAGCGCGUCUGUGUGAGUGUGCGUGUUUUGUGCAUUUGCUUAUCUGUGAGAAAGGGGACUGCAUUUAUUUCUACGUGGAUCGGACACACAACGUACAGCCCCGACUUGACAACAAACAAGGGAAGGAGAUGUUUGACUAACAAGAGGAUUUGCUGUUCCCAAACCACUGGUGCCUGCUAUCCUCUAUCCUCAGCGGAACCUGGACAUCAGAGGAAGGGACACUACAACGACAACUACCCCUUAUCUUUGAUAGAGUCAGCCAAACUUUGUUACAAGUUGCACAGUGCACUAUAUUUGUGAUGUGGGGUCAAGUUUAUUUGGGGUGGUAUAUUUUAUAGCAAAAGACAUCAUCUGAAGAAACAAAAUGUCACCCUGUCACCAUGGUUUUCUCCAAAAGAAACAUUCAUUUCAUUCUUUUUUUUUAUUUUUAUUGCAGCUUAUAAGCUUUUUUGUACGUAUCAAUAUUUACAAAACAAACACAGACCCACUUUUGUUUCAGUUGAGUUUUUUAAGUUAGCCGUUGAUGCCAAGAUUCAUUUUUUAUUUAUGUAUCUGCAUAACAGGUAGCUUUUGGGAGAGAUUUUAUCGUUUUUUUUUUUCUGUAAGCUGAAAGGGAUUUUUCUCCUAAAUAUUGCCUGUUGGAAAUUAAUGUUACACUAUUUGUGUCCCCCCUCUGAAACACUAUAUACCUACAAAGUCAUAUGAAUUCCUACAGGGUUAAUUAAUGCCAGACAGCUGCCAGAUACUGUAGCUAGGUAACAAUGCUCAUCACAGCUUGCCCUGUUCAGAUUUGCCUUACCAGAGUAUGGCGGUGUUGUAUUCUGCUCUGUUUGAAUGUGAAUGUGUGUUUGUUUUCAUGUGUAUGGCAUAUACAGUACACGCGUGCUAUGUGGUAUAAUGGCGUAUGAUAUACAGUACAUGUCUCAAUUCCUGAGUAUCACUGAUGUAACAGAAAGUUUUGGAAAUAGACAAAUCUUUCUACGCUGUAUUAGUUAAGCUACAAAUAUGGGACAUUUAAUGUCUUUUAUGUUGCGAUUCUAUUUCACAUCAACUGCUUUCAGGACAGUCCAGAUGAGGAUAGUGUUGCAGAUUUUAACUGAGAGAUUUUUUUUGUCUGAAUCUGAUGCUGUUUCAGUGUGAGACACUACACGCGGAUUAGAUUUGUAUUAGAUCGCACCCAGUGUAGAGUGGACAGUGGUUUCUACAGUCCGAAAGGCUCUUUUCAUUCUCACAGUCUAUUUUGACACAAUCACGAUCUUCUCUGUUGCGUUCUGGAUGGGGAAGUUCCACUGCAGCCAUGUUUAGAAGAGAAAUACCACACUAUUCAUAUGUAAGUCACAUGAACUAUUAGUUUGGUCUAGGAAAGCUCAAUUAUCUGUGGACGUGUACUGUUCUUUUCCAGAAACCUGAAUCCAAACCUUGAAUCAGUCACAUCAAGAUAUACAAUCUUUAAAUUUACCCCUCUAUCAGUUUCAGAGAGGGUUAAAUUCAAUAGUGAACAUUCACAAAUUGAGCUGUCCUGGGUCAUAGGAAACACACUAUGAAUACUGCAUUUCUGUAGUACGACCUUUUAACUUUCACUGCAACAUUGAGCGUUCAAAUACACGGUGUACAUAUUUACGUAACGCAUUCUUAAAAUGGAAUUAGCUAGUGGUUUGUGCCAUUAUCGUACCAUGGGACUGCCUCCUGAGAAACUUUUCUAUCUAUACAUUCCAAUUGGAUGCCUUGACUCAAGCCUUCUCUUACGCGUCCGAAUGAGGGAGACAGUUGUCGCAGGAGGUUGGUCUUUGCAGUGCUUGUACAAUGGUCUCCAUUUUUGUGUAACCUUUUUUGUUCAGGACGGCCUCCUGCCUUGACAGGAGGACGAUUACAUGGAGGCAGCAGGCUACCUACUGUGUGGAAACCCCUUUCUUACGGGCUUCACUUGAUGGCUGGAGUUUUGAGCUCCAUGUUUGUUUGGCCCUAACAAGGCUAUUUUUUGUAUAUAUAUAUAACGCCUUAUGACAUUUCAACAUAUUUUAUAGGAUAAAAGGAAACAGGCGUACUACCAGAAUGAGACAAUCCAUGCAUUUUGACAUCAGAAUUACUCAGGCCUUUUCUGAAGGGACAUAACUCUCGAGUGUCUUUUUCAAAUGGUAUGCUUUGUAUCGGCACAGUUCCUUGGCCUGUAGUCACUUUCUCAGUCACAACUUUCAAGCAUCUGUGUAUGUAUACGCACAACAAAUACUUUGACACUCUGAAGGACUUAACACUAUAUUAUUUAAGACCCUCAUUGUUGAACUUCACACUACAAAAAACAAUGAAUUAAGCUGCUCUUCAUGUGUUAACGUGGACUACCUGAAAAAAAAAUAAAAACCUCCUUGGACAGGGUUAAGGAACACUGUUAAUUAUGUACACUUUUUAUUGACUCCUUAGUCAUUUUUUUCCCAUGCAGCUUAAAUAAAUAACACACAUUUAGUCAGGACAAUA